UUCAUGAUUGAGUUCUUCCUACACCCUGUUUAAACAUGUUUAAUAAAUAAAGAUAUGUUCCCUGUGUGUUGCAUUCCUUUAAACAAACAUAUUACAAAGCCAUAUGCUUUGGAAAUGGAGAAUCUGUAUGACUUGACAGGUACGAAUGCACCCAGAGAACGCUAAAGCUUAAACGUGAGCACCAUUUGGAUAUUGCAUGUGUGUGGUGUGUGUGGAUGUGUGUGACACACUGACCUGUCACGUCCAGCUCACCCAGGCUCAUGUAGAGCACUUCACUCUGCCGCAUAACCACGGCAACCUACUAAAAUAAGGACGGGAGGAAGGGGAUAGGAACAAACGAGAAGAAAGAAAGAAAAAAACGGUCGCUUUUUUUUCACAUGGAGAACAAACGAGCACCAUGGCCAGGAGCCAGGUUCUACACUGUUGCUCGGCAUCGUUGAGGAUUUUGGUUCUUGUAGGGUGAUUUGGAUCAACUGCAAACUUUUUCAGCCGUGUGUGUGUGUUUGUGUGUGUCAGGAUGGUUGUAUCAACUCUUCUACCUUUUGGCCCGUAGCAGUGAAGAAGGCUGCGGAUCCCGAAUGCCUCCCGUUCAAAACCAUGGGCAUUGCACUGUCCAGGUCUGAUAAAUGCCGUAUUGUCACCUCCACUGGGCUUCGGAGCUCUGUGCCAGGAGAAAACAGCGCCUCCUGUCCAGAGAUGAAUGGCAUUGUCAAACCCUCUCGCAAUGACAUCAUUCAAGGCUCUCGGAAUAACAAUGAAGAGGAGUUGUUGGUUCCUGCCUUUCCAGAAAAAGCUGACAUAGAGAGAGGCUAUGUGACUCCACAGCAGGUGUACAACUUGUUAAACGCUGAAGCUGGGGAACCAGCCCUCCAUGACCCAUACUACAUGCUCAUUCUGGAUUGUCGUUCUGCAGACAGGUAUAAGCAGAGUCACCUGGUGACAGCACGUGCCAGCGUGACCGUAAUUCACCCAGAUCUUGGCUGUUUGAUAAGCUGUGUCCAGCUACAGGAGUUUUCCAUCAUUCUGCUGUAUGCAGAAGAAGGACACAGUCCAGUAGGCAGCCAAGAGGCGCGUGCUGACAACCCUUCCCUACAGCACUGCUUUUUCCAGCUGAGUGCCCUUGGCAUGGACCCAGUCAUCUUGCUGGGAGGCUACUCAGCCUUCCACUCACUCUACCCCUUCCUGUGUACACCUCGUAUGGUUCUGCUCGAGUCUGAACGCCGCCUCCUUACCAUCUAUCCCUCUGAGAUCCUGGAAGGGGCACUGUACCAAGGUUCUGCAUCGCAAGCUCAGGACUACCGCAUUAUUAAGAACCUGCAUAUCACACAUGUGGUCAACGCCACUGCCGAAAUCUCAGAUGCCUUCCCCAAUGUCCUGAGGUAUUUGCGACUUCGACUCAGCGAUGAUGCCCAACAGGAUCUUCACCAGGCACUUCCAGAAGCUUCUCGUUUUAUUGCAGCAGCCCUAAGGGGUUCACCAGGUUCACCUGGAGGGCGUGUACUGGUGCACUGCAGCCUGGGACGAAGCCGAAGUUCAGUGUUGACACUGGGCUUCCUGAUGGAACAGCGCCACUGGUCUCUACUGCACGCUUUCCGUUGGCUCAAAGAGAGGCGCACUUGUGCAGCACCGAAUGCUGGGUUCCUUCGUCAACUUUCGGCAUAUGAGGAGCAAUUGUUUGGGAGGUGCCUAACCUCGCUCGAUGACAUUCGGCUCUGAACGAUUUUUGAAAAAAUAAAAAAUAAAAAGAUUUCUGAAGACUGCAGAAUCAUAUCCACGAAUUAUACAGUAUUCAAGAUUUCAGAAAGUCGUAGAAUAAGGAAACGGUAGCUGGUUACAUUAAGCGUACAGUGUCAUGGAGAUCUAUCCUCUUGAAGAGUUCUAGUCUUCUGACCUUUACUGGCUGGCUCAAUGGUGUUUAGGGUAAAUGGGGUAAAUGAUCAUAGAUUAUCAUUCUUAGUUCGACAGGACAAGAAAAAACUCUAAGUACUGGGUGACCGGAUAAUUGUUACACAGCAACUGAAAUGUCAGAAAUCAGACAUAAGUGAUAUGUGCCUUUUGAAGAGCUACACCAAGUCAGUAUUUGGUUCUCUUUGUCAAAUCAAAACUCUCAUUCCAAGCAUUUGAGUCAUCCAGACGAAACUAAAUAAGGUAUAUUGCUGUCCAGGCAGUGGAACAAUGGUUAGGGAUCUAGCCUCCGGACAAUAAGGGUAUGAGUUUAAAUCUGUGUACCUCCAAACUGCCCCUGUUGGCCCGCCAUCUGCUCAGCUCAGUUGUGACUCUCUUUGGAUAAAAACAUCUGCCAAGGGUUUAAAUGCAAUCGGUAUAUAACAUAGCUUUUGGCAGGGCAUUUCAAAUAGGAAAGUUGGGGAGAUAUAGAAUAGAGAAAUUGUAAAAACUAGAUAGGGGUUUUGUUUUUUAAACAUUUUUUUUCUUCAGCCAAGCCAGAGCCACACUUGACUCCACUAAUUAGACCAGUGAAUCCCAGUGUUGUUCAUCCUUACCAAACUUCGUUGAUCAAGAACCGAUGUAGGACUUUUACCCAUGAAUCUUGAGGAAACACUGGUAUUUCAUGCUCUCGCUCCUGGUCUGGAUUAUUAUGCUAGGUUUAAAACACUGAAAACGUACACAAUGUAGAAGAUUCUUUUUAGGACUGAUAGUGAAAACCCAUCCUCUACAUUUACAUUAUUUAGCAGACACCCUUAUCCAGAGCGACUUACAUUCUAUCUAAUUUUCAUACAACUGAGCAAUUGAGGGUUAAGGGCAUUGCUCAGGGGCCCAUCAGUGGCAGCUUGGUGGACGUAGGAAUUGAACUCACAACCUUCUGAUUGGUAGCCCAACAUCUUAACCACUAGGCUACCCCGUUCUCUAGACCUGCUGUUCUCAAACUGGGGUCCUCCAGGUUUCUGUGAAGCGUAGCAUACAGUAUAUAGACCUAAUGUCUUCUAUUAGUGGUCAUUUCAGGAACAGAAAGUCCUAUGGCUCCAAAAAUAAUGUCAUUUAAAAUGUUUUUAAAUAUGAAAGACAUCUUUACCGAGGGGGUCCAUCGAACAUAUAUAUUACAGUUUAAGAAGUCCCUUUUUCUCAAAACGUUUGAGAACCACUGCUCUUGACAAUCUGCCAGAAUAAGACUACAGACCAUUUUUACAAGUAAAGCAUUACAAUAAUAAUAAUAGCAUCGAUAAUUUUGCUCAGAAUGUCAUUGGAAAGAAUAAAAAAGUCACUCUAAAAUAGAUUUGGAUCAGACAUUCACUCCUGCUACACUCCUUUUUGAGAUUAUAGAAACAAAAUCAGAAUUUACUGCUAAUUUAUUUGUUUUCCACCAUCUCUAGAGGACAAUGAAUGAAAAACAUGACAAAUAUCGAGGGAUAUUAAGUAAUUUAUAGAUACUACAUAGCUGGGUUUGAAAUAAUGUAUAUUUAGGCUAGAAGAAAAAAAAAAACGUUGUUAUUUUUGUAUUAUUAUUUUUGACGAUAGUGUUAGUGUUUGCUUUCUAUAUUUGUAGUUGCCAAAAUACACCAAAGAACAAAACCACUGAUGUGAAACCUGCAAAGCAUCCAAGCUAAUAUUUCCUCUAAAUUAGUGAUGAGUAAUUUACUAAAAUUUUUAGCAUGUUACCAUUUGGUUAACAAUAUACUAAAAGUGUUAUACGUUAUUAAUAUUAGAUACAUAAUGUUGUCUAAAUGACAAAUUU